AUGGAUAACAUACAAGAUAUCACACAAGCGAUGCAGGAAUUCAAAUUUGAAGCUUUUCCUCAGGAAAUCAUACAAGAUAUCCUAUAUGGGCUACCCGUUAAAUCUCUGAUCAAUUGCACCUCAGUGUGCAAGGUAUGGAGGUCCAUGAUCAUGAACAAAAGCUUUAUCCGCGCCCACUUAACCCUAACAGUCGAUUUUGCUAACCAGGAUGACAUUGACCUCCUCCUACUCCACAUAAUUUCUUGUGACAGUAGCAGCACCUUCGGCCACAAAACGAUCGUUUCCGAGAUAAAAGAUGAGGUUCACUGUGUGCAUUAUGAUAACCAGGCUUUUGAUGUGUACUCCAAGAUCGAAUUUCCAAUUGCUCCAAAGCAAGAACUGUGCAAUUCUCAUUUUCGUGUGGUCGGCACUUGUAGUGGGCUAAUCUGCCUUGCGGAUGAUAUCCUCCGUUAUGGUUACAACUUCUUUAUAUGGAACCCAGCCAUUAGAAAGUUAGUGACCCUUCCCAGGCCUGGAGUUACAUUUAGGACGCAUGGUGGGUAUGAUGCUUCUAUUGGGUUCGGUUUUGAUGCUAUGACCAAUGACUAUAAGGUUGUGCGAAUUGUAACUUUACAACGUGAAGAUGAGGGGCCAACUGUAGCUGAGGUUUAUUCCCUAGCCACUGGCACAUGGAGGAGUCUUGGUUGUGUUUCUCCUGCAUGUGGAACAGAUGGAGCUGCAUCCAAUGCUUUUGUUAAUGGGAUUCUUCAUUGGCCUGUAGUCUCAGACGGCGAUGGUUGCUAUUUUAUUUUGACGUUUGACCUGGGCAAGGAGGUGUUCGGUAAGAUACCUAUGCCGAAGAUUAUCCGUUGGAAUCCCAAGUGGGGAUUGCAAUUGUCUGUUUCCGAAAACAGAAAAUCUGUUGCUCUGUUUAUGAGGGAUAACAGUUGUAAAGAUUUCAUGAUGGAUAAUAGGUGCGAAGAUUCUGUUCUUGAUAUAUGGGUGAUGAAAGAGUAUGGCAGAAAGGAAUCAUAG